AGAUGAGCUCUGAAGUUAGUGGCAGUACAUUAAGUAGAUAUUCAUACCGGCUUAUUUCACUGUAGUCUAUUGGACGGAAUAUAAACCUACAGUUAUAGUUGACCUCCAUGUGACUGUCUAGAAACACCACGACCUCCGAGUUGACCUCAGAGACCCCGUGUAGUCUGGCCUUAACAAGGCCCUGACGUUCGUCCAAUCGGAGAUAAGUUAUAGGAGAACUGCCAAGAUAGGUAAGGGGUUUCCUUGUAUUGCACCCCAUACAGCCAAGCGUAGGAGGAGGUUUUUAAUGAUGAGAGUAAAUAAUGGAUAAAACAAAAGCAAGGCCAGUGAGAGACAGUUUGACGUAAUUAAGAGUGGACGGAACAAGGAAUUGGACGGAAACCACAUACCUAUUUAACACACUUAAAUCUUUGCUGACCUUUUCACGGAUCGGUGAUUCUACCACAGCGAAUAUUGUUUAUAAAUCUGAAUAUGUAGCGUGAACAUGUGUGUUGGAGAUUUAACACUGAAAAUUGGAAACAUGUCGUGAACCUUGAACAAAAGAAAUGCCCGAAAAAGAAUGUUAAAGACUACUACUUUUGUGGAAGUGAGUUCCUAGGAAUGACUAUGCGGCUUACUUAUCGAUACGUAGUAGCCUGUGUUGUGGUAGUACUGUUGGUGUGCACAUAUCAAGUUUACAUUUUUUCCCAUGGCAAUUCUUUAUUCAGCCAUUUACCCAGGACAGGAAAACGAACGGACAUUGUGUCAAAUGUGAGGGCCAGUUCCAUUCUUGUAAACAACACUUCUAAAGACACAAGUAAGGCUACGAAAGGCGUGACAGUCACGCUAACAGCCGACGAGUAUAGACGGGACCCUAAGCUAAAGACAGGGAACCCACUUAUUGACGAUUAUGGGAAGAAUGAUCUCACAAAGACGGGGGAGAUGGGGAGGGGCGUCACCUUCACGGGGAAGGAAAAGGCAGAGGCAGCUAAGAAAACACAGAUGUACAACAUCAACGUAAUGGCUAGUGAUUUAAUUCCCCUCAACAGACUAGUGCCGGACUCCAGGCCACCAGAGUGUAAGAGUAAGACCUACGAACACGAUCUGCCGACUGCCAGCAUCAUCAUCCCAUACUUCGAUGAAUGGCCAUCCGUUCUUAUCCGAUCUAUAUACAGCAUCAUCAAUCGCACCCCUCGCCACUUACUACAAGAAAUCAUACUCAUUGACGAUGCCAGUACAAUGCCAGAAAUAAAGACGCCACUUGAUGAAUACGUAGAAAAAAAUUUCCCCAAAGGCCUCGUGCGGAUUCUACGCAACACCGAACGUAAAGGUCUGAUAGCAGCCCGGCUCCAGGGCUGGAGGAUGUCCAAGGGACAAGUGGUGUCGUUCUUCGAUAGUCACAUGGAGGUCAAUGAUGAUUGGUUGCAGCCGCUUCUUGUCGAGAUUAAAAAAGAUCGGAAAACGGUUGCUAUGGGGGUGUUAGAUUACGUAAACGCUGAGACGCUGGAAUACCGUUACAAUGACGGGUACAUGACGCGGUACGGGUUUGACUGGAGAAUGGUUUUCUUUGAGACUUUCUUCAGACAGGACCAGAUAGGGAAGACAGAGGGGGACACCAGGCCAGGUACAGUGAUGGUUGGAGCAGCAUACGCCAUUGACAGUAAAUAUUUCGGAGAGAUCGGUUCUUAUGAUGAGGGAAUGAAAGUUUGGGGAGGGGAGAAUUUAGAGAUGGCCUGGAGGGUGUGGAUGUGUGGAGGCAGGCUCGUACAUCUGCCCUGUUCACACCUGGGCCACAUUGCCCGCGCCCAGCCCUACUCUUUCCCGGGAGGACGCAGAACUAUUGAGGUGUAUAACUACAAGCGGGCGGUGGAGGUGUGGGUGGACCCGGAGUACAGGUCGUUCAUCUACGAUCACUUCGAAGAAAUGAAGGCCAUUGACGCAGGGGACCUGAGUCCGAGAAUCCAGUUGAAAAACAAUCUGCAGUGUAAAAACUUCACGUGGUUUAUCGACAACGUGUGGCCAGAACUGUUCAUCUACAACAGAAACGUCCAAGCCUGGGGUUCGUUACGUAACGCCCAGGAUCAGAGAUGUUUCGACAACCACCAGUACUUAUUCCAGGCUCCAGAGCGGUUGUAUUUUGAGACGUGCCAUUUUAAACUUGCUACGCAGGGCUUCUCUUUGACAAAGGAUCAUUUUUUGAGGACUUCUUUACAAUGUGUGGUGCUAAAGGAAGAUCGUGAAGGGGCGAGGCCUAUGUUAGAGGACUGCAUUAUAGGACCUAAGGAUAAGUGGACCCAUAUCAAGGAUGGUUACAUAAAGCAUCAGAGGAGUGGCCUUUGUCUGGACGUGGAUCCUGGAGGCGUGGUAGCGAAGACAUGUACCCCAGGAAUAAAAUCACAAAACUGGCAGUUUACACGCUAUGGGUAUGAACUGAGAAGGUACGAAGCUUCGCAGUGGGUCGCUACACGAAAUAUCAUAACCAACUACGACUCCCGUGAAAACUCCCAAAUGUUCUUCAAACUGUUUCACUAUAUUUCUGGAAACAAUACUGCAAGUAUGAAGAUCCCGAUGACCGCCCCCGUGGUGACCACAUACACCCCUGGGAUCGGAAUGAACAACCAACAGACCGUGACGGAGAUGCAUUUCAUGAUACCCCAUAACAUGCAGCCUUAUCCCCCCUCACCCACAGACUCUACCGUCUACGUCACAAUGCUUCCCACGCAGGACGUCUACGUCAAGUCUUUCGGUGGCUUUACUAAUCACAUGACAAACUUGGUAAAAGUGACGGAGCUGAAGAAUGAAAUUAACAACAUCAGUAUGUAUUAUGAUGACCACUUCUACACGGCCGGAUAUGACGGCCCCUACUCUGUAAACAGGCAUAAUGAAGUUUGGCUGGCUGCCAAGCACUAAUACUUAUUGAUAAUGUUAAAACGUUUGUAUAAAAUAUGUAACUUUCAUCUGUAUAAAGAAUAUUCAUUAUCAUGUAAAUCAUUUUCUUCACAUGUUGAUAUUUUUAUAAAUAAAUACUUAAACACAGCGAGAUUUGUUUUGGUGCAUUUACAAAUAUUGGGA